AUGGAGUUUCUCUGGCGUCUGUUGAUGAUGAUCGGGAUCCUUGCAGGGACUGGGGUGUCUCAGGGCUGCACCCCACCACCAGGGGCUCGGAACUUGGCGCUGGAGCGCCCGGCCACUCAGUCCUCCACGCUCCCAUCUGGCAUGGCUGAGAACGCCGUGGAUGGAAAACGCGAUGGGAAGUGGGCACAAGGCUCCUGCAGCCACACCCAGUUCGACACAGAGCCGUGGUGGAACGUGGACUUGGGCAGUCCUCAGUCUGUCUCCGCGGUGAUCGUGAAGAACAGGGAAGACGAAUGCUGUGGGGAGAGAAUCAGGGGAGCCCAGAUCCGCGUGGGAGACUCCCUGGCCGACCAUGGCAAGCAGAACCCCAUCUGCGGGACCAUCACCGACACCGCACCAGGAUCCGUCAGCACCAUCUGCUGCAACGGGCUGGAGGGCCGUUACGUCACCGUCACCAUCCCGGGCAGGGCGGAGUAUCUCACCCUGUGUGAGGUCGAGGUCUACGGCACCCAGCCGGGGGAUGAGUGCUAG